UCAUGGCGUGCAAAGACGUCGUCUAAUCUCUGGCCAACAGAGGCGGAUCUACUUGGACUAUGUACUGUUUCCUCUCCCCACCGACCGGAAACUCUUCCGGUGGACUCAAAAGUUUCCAAAAACAGAGCCAACAUCACACCAACCACUGCUCUGACUGUGUUUUUAGAUCAGAAUUAGUAGCGAAAUUGACACCGAUACACAAACGGCAACUGGUAGUGCUCUUCAGUUUUUAAUUCAUGUGAUCACGUUACCAAUCAGCUUUUUGUUGCAAGCCAUAGCCUCUCUUUGCGCUUUUGGACAUGUUCUCACCUAUUUCCGAUCCUGAUAUUCCACCACUUCUCCCGUUACCACCUCCUUAUACUUCACAAAUUAUCAAGUCGGAGCCUUUGUCGUCGUAUAUCGAUCCAAGACCGUAUACCCCUCAAGUAAUGGACAAUAUUUGGAUGAAUCAAAACGAUUUGGAUGGUUAUGGUUGUUCAGAUACCUCACCUACUUACUAUUCUAUGUCCCCGGCUGAAGUUAUUGAACCUGCUGAACCAACGCCGGCAUUUUCGGUCUCAUCUGAUUUGCUGAAUUAUGAUUACAAGCCUACUUUGUUUAGGAUGGAUGCAGACUUAUUAACUAACAGUAAUAAGGACGAGGGUUAUGUGUCGUCACCAACUGCUUCUCUACCUUCCCUCACUCCUCCAUCGGACUUAAGGCAAUUACAAGUGUUGGAUUCGUCUAAUGAAAGUGGAAACAGCAAUGAUAUAACCGGUAACUAUGAAAUAAAAGAGCAUCAUCAGUUUCAUCCGUCGUCUGAUUCAUCUGCUCAGCCUCAACCCUUCAGGACCCAAUGCGUCAAGUGUGGUUGUGUUAUGGACAUUGCCCAGUGUCAGAAAGAGGAGACUGGACACUACUUGUGUAUUACCUGUUACGUGCAAUCCAAUCAAACUCUUGUUCCAGUCCAAACACCGGUUGAAGAACCAGCUCCAAAGAGGACCAGAAAGAAACAAUCGGCGAUCGCCAAUGCUCGAAAUCAAGUGUGCCAAAAUUGUGAGUGUCCGAACACAACGUUAUGGAGGAGAAGCUUUUCGGGUGAAGCUGUUUGCAAUGCCUGUGGCCUGUAUGAAAAGUUACACAAGAGGAAGCGACCAAAAAGCAUGAGAAAAGACACCAUUCAGACAAGGAGACGAAAACCACGUAAUGCUGAAGCUAAGAAAAAAGCUGUAGCAGAAGCGAUUUCUUCAGUACCAGCACCUAGUACAAGCACUGCGUCAAACAGAGUUAUGCCUCAACCUUUGACUAUACCGUCGCACCCACCACCUCCAUACAAUGAUCGAUAUGUCUCUUUUGAGGACCCUGGCAACUAUCAAGUUCUCCCGUCCCUCCAUGGGUUUUUGAACCCAUUUCCUUUUGACACUACCUAUACGUUCAGUCAUUUUACAGGAUGAAGUAGAUUUUAAUUAUCGUUUUCAUGAGAAAAAAAAACUGGUUGCAUUUUCGUGAAGGGACAUUUUUACAAUGUUAUUUUUACAAAGUGAUUUUGGAAAAAAAAAAAUUUGUUUUAAAGAUUACUAGUAACUUCUGUUCUUUCAUUUGAGAGUAACUUUUGUACUAAUAAUCAGAUUUUAGCAAACUGAUUGCCAAUGUUAAUGAUUUAAAGGAAUGACAUCAAACAUGGUAGUUUAUAGAGCACACGGUAUUUUAAGUUACAAAAUCAAGUACAAAAAUGUACUUAU